UUCCUAUCCUUAUUUCAGCCUCAUACCUCCAGUGUGUGUGUGAGAAAUAAACAAAUAUUUCACUUAUUCUUACAUAAAUCCCAUGCAUAUGUUAGUGUUUUAGAAGAAUGGUGUAACACCUAAUUUGUGUUACUGUGUGUGUUUGAAAUGGGAAUUGCUGCAAGAAGAUUUUCAAUAAUUCCUCUUCUUUUCCCAUUUUUUGUUGCAAUUUUGUGCCAAGAAUCAUUGGCCAUAUCCACUUCAUUCAACCAUACAAAAUAUAAACAAAUUAGCAGCUUGAGACUAGCCAGAAUCCAGAGGCAUUUAGACAAGAUCAACAAGCCUCCUGUCCUAACUAUUCAGAGCCCAGAUGGAGAUAUCAUAGAUUGUGUACAUAAAAAAAGACAACCAGCUCUAGACCAUCCUCUUUUGAAACAUCACAAAAUCCAGAGGGUGCCAUCUAGAAUGCCAAAAGAAGUGGAAAUGGAAAAAACAAAUGGGAGCACAAGUGUGGAUGGAUUUAGAGGAGUGUGGCAAAUGUGGCAUCAAAAGGGACAGCUUUGCCCAAAGGGGACAGUUCCGGUUAGGCGUAGCUCGAUGCAAGAUGUGUUGAGGGCUAAAUCUUUGUACGAUUUCGGCAAGAAAUCAGUUCAAUUCUUGCCUCUCGCCGCCACCACCACCGGAGGUGGAGCCGCCGUGCCAAAUAUUGCGGGCAAUGGGCAUGAGCACGCAAUCGCAUAUACGACUUCGUCGGACGCGAUAUAUGGGGCAAAAGCAACAAUCAACGUGUGGGACCCAUCGGUUGAGCGAUCGAGCGAGUUCAGCCUAUCUCAGAUUUGGGUUCUUUCCGGCUCCUUCGACGGCUCAGACCUCAACAGCAUUGAAGCCGGCUGGCAGGUUAGUCCGGAGAUGUACGGAGACAGUAGACCAAGAUUAUUCACUUAUUGGACUAGCGAUGCAUAUGAAGCAACAGGAUGCUAUAAUCUUUUGUGCUCAGGAUUUGUCCAAACGAGCAGCCGAAUAGCCAUCGGAGCAGCCAUUUCUCCGGUGUCUUCCGUUGCCGGAGAUCAAUUCGACAUCACCAUCCUCAUAUGGAAGGAUCCAAAGUCGGGAAAUUGGUGGCUGGGCUUUGGGGACCGCACAUUGGUGGGCUAUUGGCCCGUGGAGCUCUUCACCCAUUUAUCGGAUCGGGCCACGAUGGUCGAAUGGGGCGGCGAGGUCGUCAACUCUCGGCCUGAUAACCAACACACAUCCACUCAAAUGGGCUCGGGCCGGUUCGCCCAAGAGGGCUUCGGCAAAGCCAGUUAUUUCAGAAAUUUAGAGAUUGUGGAUUCGGACAACAGCCUGAUAUCGGCCCGAGACAUCACAACCUUAGCUGAGAACAUAAAUUGUUACAACAUUAAGAAUUCUUAUAAUGAUCGAUGGGGCACUUAUUUUUACUAUGGUGGGCCUGGAAGAAAUCCAUUGUGUCCAUAAUUUUACAAUGUUUUGAGGCUAAAAGAAGAAAAAAUAGCCUUAAUGAAAUAUUUUUAGAUGAAUAUAAAUGUAUAAUUAUUAUUUUUUUCAUAAUGAAUGUAGAUCGCCAUUGUGAUCAUGUAUCAAUGUUGUUAUUCUUUUUACAAAAUUUGAAUAUGUGUUGGAGCUUGAAAUACAAAGCAUAACA